AUGCAUCUGUGCUCCGAGUUGGGUCAGUUGGGGGGCUGUCUUCUAACCUGUCUCUCCUUGUUUGCCCCCUUCCCAGGGCUUUUCAUGUACAUGAAGUCCCUGCACUGGUCCCUGGCAGUCAUGGCUGUGCUCCUGGCAGUCUCUGCAGUUGCUAUUGUGGCCCUGGCCUCUAGAGCAGGGACCAGGUGCCAGCCGUGCCCUGAGGGCUGGAUAUGGUUCAAGGAGCACUGCUACUACCUCUCUGCAGAGGCACAGCCCUGGGAGGACAGCCAAGCUUUCUGCUCAGCCAACCGUGCUACCCUUCCCCUGCUGAGCCACACCCAGGACUUCCUGAGCAGAUACCCAGUUAUCAAGCACUCCUGGGUGGGGGCCCAGCGAGGCCCUGAGGGCUGGCACUGGAUCGACGGGGCCCACCCGCUGCCCCUGCUACUCCCGGAGGAUGAGGACAACCCAGAUCACAACUGUGGAGCCCUGGAGGAGGGCAAGCUGGUGGCUGUGGACUGCAGCUCUCCAAAACCCUGGGUCUGCGCCAAGGGGACCCAGUGA